AAGAAAUGGGAAUCUGAAAUUACCACUAACAAUUCUAAACUCAAAUAUUACAUUAACAAAUCGGGCUUGUAUGUUCUGCAUGAAAGAAGGAUUCACCUUCCUUCCACCAUUGGAUCAUCUAUUGCACAGCUCUCAAAUCACCCGACCUCCAUCAUCCAUCAACCUACACAGCUCCCAAAGCAACCGGAUGAUGAUCCAAUGGUCGAUUCGCAUAAAGGAAGGAGAAUCCUUCUUUCGUACGAAAGAUACACCCCAGACCCUAUAUUAACUAACCAAUUUCUCUAAAAAGCUUGAGCUAAUUAGGAAGUGCUCGACUUAUCAGUCAGAAUGAUUAACAACUCAUCAAGCUUUUGAGUUACAUUAGAUUCCGCAGAGAUAGCAGGUAUAUGAGACGUUCUCUGUCCCAUGUAUCUCAUAAAUCUGGAGGCAUGGGGUGUAACCAAACCAUUAAAACUCAGAAACGUCGGUUGGACGCGGCGUAUCAUACUAUCGUUGCAAUACCUGGAACCUUAGACCUCCUUAAUAAACACAGGUAGCUGGUUCUCUCGGCCUCCUUUCAACCUCCCAAAAAAAAAAAAAGGAAAAGGGGACGUGGAAGACAACCUUGAACCUUAGACGAGAUGGCUCUGUAACGAUACCACGGAUAUGGGAUAUCCCUACGAUCGCAUAGAAACUCUGCACGGACAUGUGGAAGAAUGAUCAGAGACAUCCCUCCACCAGUCGCCACGCCACGCCCCUCCCCGCCAGUGGGCGCACGAUACCUUCGCUGGCGCACGAUAACUCGCUGUCCUCACAGAUCAUUUAUCGUUCCUUCCCCACCCCCCCGGGCACCGAAAAGCGUAUCAAACACGUCCCCUCCCUAACCCUCUCCAGUCCCCACUCCCCAACUCCCCCCACCUUCUAGAUGAAGUCGAUCGGGUCUCUCUCCGGCAGCAACAGCGGCAUCUCCGGCCUCCUCCGCCUCCGCCGCACGGCCAAGGACCCGACCUUCGCGGCCCUCGCCACCACCCGGCCUGCCGGCUCCGUCACCGACGGCGGCAACCUCAUCUGGGGCUGGCAGCUCCAGCCAGCGAUCCCCCUCGAGAGGUCCGCUGUUCCAUCUAGAAUCCCUGCUGGGAGGCGGGACCUCCUCGGGCCGGUCGCCGCUGCCGCGUCCUCUCCGGCCGAAGGGAGCGAUUCCGCCGGGGAGGCCAAGGUCGCGCCGGUGGGCUUCGCAGCCAAGUACCCGGCUCUGGUCACCGGCUUCUUCUUCUUCAUGUGGUACUUCUUAAACGUGAUAUUCAACAUCAUCAACAAAAAGAUCUACAAUUAUUUCCCUUAUCCGUACUUCGUGUCCGUGAUUCAUCUGUUCGUGGGGGUGGUGUAUUGUUUAGUGAGCUGGGCUGUCGGCCUCCCCAAGCGCGCUGUGCCACGUGGUGCACUUUGGUUGGUUGAAGAUCUCGAUAUCACCCAACCGCGCGAUCAACCCUUUCAAAUGGUGCUUUAUGAAGUUUUAAACAUUGUUUAUUUGAACGGUUGUGUUUUGCCACCCGUAUACGGCGAAAGGAAACGUGUGCACCAGCACCGGCCACGUCGUCACGAACCUGCUUUCCGUUGUGGAUCCCGCCAGCCGACCAAACUUGCAGGUGUUUCAAUGGCAUCCCUCACAGAACUAUCAUUCAAUUGGACUGGCUUCAUUAGUGCCAUGAUUUCAAAUAUUUCUUUCACUUACAGGAGCAUCUAUUCCAAGAAAGCGAUGACUGACAUGGACAGUACUAAUGUAUAUGCAUACAUCUCGAUCAUUGCUCUCAUUGUUUGUAUUCCUCCUGCAGUCAUUAUUGAGGGACCUCAGCUGCUGCAACAUGGGUUUAAGGAUGUAGUUGCCAAAGUAGGAUGGACAAAAUUCAUUUCAGAUCUGUUCUGGGUGGGAAUGUUUUAUCAUCUCUACAAUCAGGUGGCAACAAACACCUUGGAGCGAGUGGCUCCGCUCACUCAUGCGGUUGGAAAUGUGUUGAAACGUGUAUUUGUAAUCGGUUUCUCAAUCAUAGUCUUUGGAAACAAGAUCUCAACGCAGACAGGAAUUGGAACUUGUAUAGCAAUUGGAGGAGUUGCAAUCUACUCAUACAUUAAGGCUAAGAUGGAAGAGGAGAAAAGACAAAUGAAAACUGCAUAAGCAACAGAGCUGUGAAUAUCGAAGACCGGAUGCAGUACUAGGUUUCGAUGUUGUAUGUGCGAGUAAGAAAAAGAUGGGAAAACAAUGGUGGUGUGAGGCCGACUGCCAUAUGAAGCUCGCUUACUGUUACAUACUCAUUUCUUUUUCUCAUUUCCUCUGUUACUUAUUUUCAGACUAGAAACCAUGGUUAAUUUACAAACAGCCAAAAUAAUUUGUUGCGCCAAGUAGCUUUAAAGAGAGCUUCUUUAUGUAUGUAAAAAUAAGAGCCAGAUGCCUCAGGUCUAGGAGCAUGAGAUAACCUGAGCUUUUGUUGCUAUGUUGGAUUUCAUGCCUUAUUUUGAUUGUAAAAGCUUGAUGCAGACCAUGCUGUUGUAAUGAACAAUGGUAUCAGGACAUAGAUCUACUGGAAACAUCUUUAGUUUGUUCUUAAAGAAGGAAAUUUAUUGUC